CGGCAGUUGAGUUUAUCUGCUAUCGGCAGGCGUCACCAUGGAUACCUCUUCCUUCCUCCAAAUCGCCGCAUGGCUGAUAGCGGUGAGCGACUUGAGCCUGGGGCAGAUCUACUCAUCGAUCCCGCUACGCGUGGUGGAGGUGCCCUCGCCGUACCCAUGGGGCUCCCGACUAUCCCGUGGCCCCGGCCCUCUGGGACGCAAGCUCAUCACGUUCCCGGAAUACUCCUCCGACUACCCCACGGACAUCCUGGUCCAGUCCAACUCCAUCUACUUCCCGCCAAACUCCAACACCCUCCGCCGCAACUACUUCCUCCCGAACCCGAUCCCGGGCAAGAGCCCCAUCAUCUUCCGCCCCACCUCCCUCCAGAGCCACCCCCUCGUGCCUAUCCCCAUCCGCUACUCGCGGGUUAGCGGCAGUGAGACCCCCAAGGAUCGGACUAGGUCAGGGUUUGUUCUCGAUAACUCGCUGCCCGGUCAUGAGGAGCCGCAGUCUGGGGAAAGUCUACGCGUUUGGGAGUCCAAGCCUAUCUCGGUGAAGCCUUUCCCGUUGGAGGUUUACGAUCCCAGCCGGGUGUCGCCCACGCCGGCCGAGUCGCAGCAGAGAUCGACCAGUGUCCCGCUCACCGAGCCUGAAGAUGCCAAGACAGAAAAGACGAAUGCUCCAUCCGAAAAGCCGCAAUUGCCAGUGGAGUCAUCCCAGUUACCAGUUACCGACCGUAACAUGGAGAGAGAGCCGCACCAAUUCUACAAGAAAGAGAAGAACGGGAGGGUGAUCUUCGGAUUUCACACGAAGGAACAGACAAGGAUGGAGUCCAGGGACGCCGACGCCAAAGUCUACGGUGCAUAUACCUACUUCGAUCCUUCCGGUAAUCCAGUGCGAAUGCAGUAUUGGGAUGAAGGGAAAGGAUUCCACAUGGCCGGAAACACGCUGCCGCAGAACGCCAUGCCCGAAGUUGUGACGGAUACUCCUGAAGUUCAAGCUGCCAAACAGCUUCACCACAAGUUGUACGAACAAACUCUUGCUCAUUUAAUCGAUUUGCAAAAUCUUCGACCUCCCAAAGACAUGGACGUUUACGGCGAGGCACCCGGCAGCACAGGCACCAAGCCAGCCGCCCCCACCGCAGUAGAAGAAGAAGAGGAAGAGGACGACGAGGUGAUUAUCGACAGCCAGAAGCUGCCGGAUGACUACACACCCCCGACCAGCCCCAACAACCUCACCGCCGACAGCAAAUCCAACGACCCCAGCGAGGACACUACCCUAAAGUCCGCGGACACCCCCGACGACGACAACGACUCCGUGGUCAUCGAGAACCCCUCUCUGCGGAAACGUAGCAGGCGCGCCAUCGACAACACCCGCGCCCCACGACACCACCCCUUCUUCGGGCACGGCUUCACGAGGAACGCUCCCUUCCAGCUUCCUCUUUUCCCCGCUUACUCUGUAUUCUCACCCCCCACACACUUCCGCCCCUCCCCGCCCGAGGUCCAACACCCCCCGCCCGGCAAGUUCGCUCCGCUGAAGACCAAGCAUCACAACACUUUCAACGAACCGGUCGUCAAGUUGGUCUCUCCUUUCUCCGAAGUCGCGCAUAGGUUCGAGGAGCUAUUACACUCCAAGACACCGAGUAGCUACCCCGCAGAGCACGAAGAAUUCGAUCGGAUCUACCAGGAACCACCAACAUCCACCGGCUUCGCCGAAGAGCCGCAUCCCUGGUUGACGGCCCCCAGCGCACCGGAGGUCCAAGACUACCCACCCCCGAUUAAGCAAGACUUCAAACCGGCCUUCAACCUCAACGCUUUCCCGCAAACCAAGUUCACUUCCGACUUCCACGUCAAAGGGGAGGAAAUAACAAAAGGCCCAUUGUUCUCAACCUUCCCGUCGUUCUUAUACCCGCAGAGUUCGCAAACCAUCAUCCGCGCCGAUGUACCUCACGACUUCAAGUACCAUGGCUACUUCCCAAAAGCCCCCGUCAGCUACCAGAUCACGCACUUCGACGACUCGGACCGGUUCCACUUCGCGAACCCCUUCUCGAGACCCUUUAUCGGGCACGAUUACACCUUGAUCGAUAAAAACUAUCCGUCGUCUAAUCCACAAGUCUACCUCCCCUACGUCCAGCCUGUGGUCGGAUUUCCGCCUAGCGGACAGUUGUCUGACGUGACUGUUAACUUGCCGAGCUUGGAGAGCGCUACGACUCCAAGUCUGAGCGCGGAUAACUUGGAGCAAGGGAAGCCGAUGACGUCAUCGCCGGUUGAGCAAACGACAGCCGCGCAAUCGGGGUUGAAGAUCAUCGUGACGGAAGCUCCAGCAACGGAAGACAAAAAAGAAGAGUCGACCGCCACUUCGAAUGGCAAGGAUUCUGAGACGAGUACGGAGAACUAUAAAAUUGAGAGUAGCACGUUGAGCGAGUCUACUGAGUCCAAUGAGUCUACGGAGUCGACAGAGUCUAGUGUAAAUGAAGCCUCUUCGUCGAACGAAGACGAUAAGAACGAUUCUUCGUUGGUUAUCGAUGGCCGCUUAUCCGCCGAGGAAUCGACGUCCGUCGUCGAGUCGAUCACGGAAGUAUCGACGGAGGCGGAAACUGCAGCCCCAACCGGAAGUGACAGGGAGACAUCCGGUUUUACAGGAAGUGAAAAGGAGACUUCAAAUUUGACCGGAGAGGAUAGAGACACCUCCAGUAGUAGUUUGAGCAAGGCUGAAACCCCCGAAACCAACGGUAAGACUGAACAGAAAGUUGUAGUUGAGAGUUCUACCAGUGUAACCGGAAGUACUGGUAGUGCAACCGGAAGUGAGUCACCGGAAACGGAAGGGGAGCUGACGAAUACGGUGCGGCGGAACGCGGCCGAGACGGAAUCACUCGAGAGGAGCAUGAUGCGGGUGGUUGAGAUCCACGAUGCGCAGGUGUCGCCGCGACAGAGGGUGCACUUCCAAGUCGGGGGUGCUCAGGUGGUGAGCAACUGAGGAGCGGAGUGGAGAUGUGUUGUUUGGGGUUAACCUAAAGUUCACGUAUUUCAAGGAUCUCUCUUUUUACGCAACUGACUCUCUUGUGACCAUGGACAUGCUACAGUGAAACUCGACUUUCGAUACGCUUUACAUAAGAUGUGAUAUACAUUUAAUUUUAUAUUUCAUACUGUCAAUAUUUUUGUAAAAAAAAAAUCAAAUGGAGGUGUGUAGAUUGCCGUUUUAGGUAUUUGUUGUGGUAGGCUAUGCAAAUAAAAGGUUGUGUGAAGAAAA